GUUUCUUCUUGAAGUGCCUGUUCUCAGGAGUGGAGGAGGGGAAGCUAUCACUGGCAGCAGAGGAAGGCUUCUAUUCUGACCACUUCUUCCUCGAGCUGCUGGUGGUCCCACCCUGCAGGUAUCGUCCAAUCAAUCGCAUCGGUGACCAGAUGUUCACCAACGGUCAGACAGUCAACAUGCAGGCGGUAAUGAAGGACUCUGCAAUCAUCCGGAAACUGCUGGCUCUCAUUGCGGGGGAGAAGAUUGAUAAGGAGGAAGAGGCUCCAGAACAGAUGGACCAAGCGUUUCUGACGGGGAUCCCUGGGCUGACGGUCACAGAUAAACUCUACAACAUCUGGGUGCGGCUGCAGACACACGUCAACAUCGUCUUUGACAGCGACAUGGACAAAAUGAUGUCGGAGAAAUACCCCGGAAUCAGACAGGUAUCCUGCGACUUUGACCAACAUCAGAUUACUAUGUUUCUCUUGCUUUCUCUGACCAAUUCAUCAAUAAAUCACCACAGUAUCCAAUUGAAUGGGACUACAUAGCAAGAU